CGCUACGAGUUAACACCUCGACGUAACAACUCGGAUAACUGCCGAAGCAAAAGUGGAAACGAAUGUGCAUGAGAAAAAUAAGCGAAAAACGAGAGAACCGCCGACGGCGCCACUAAAAACGUGAAUGUUAGGGUGAAAUUUUUUCGGGUUUGUUGCAAAAGCGCGUAAAAUAACGCAGGAACCGGAAGUGAUAGAAGUAAGAAUUCGUUAUAGCAAAAUUUCCUUACGCGCUUCAGAACUCUAACGCGCGAGGUGUACAUUGUCAGCGCAUUUGUAAGCAAACACUUCUCUCAUAAAAAAUAAUUAAUUAAAACUUAAAGACCGCUUUUAAAACUCCGCAUAAGAAGCAUAAUUCGCACCUAUGCUUUGCCGCCGCUUGCGCGCGUGAUCUCCUGUUUGUGUGCGCGUAUGUGAGUGCGUGCAUUGGCUGUCGCCCAUUUACCUGACGACACUCACAAAUGUGCUCGUCCAAUGUUGCAGACAGUGCGCAUGAAAAUAAUUUGUUGAAUAGUGUUAAAGUGGGCAUGGAAUCGCCGCCGGCACAUCUUUCGCAACAACAACAACAACAAAAUUUACAACGCCAACAACACACGCUAUCUGUGAUGCCAGUGAUGGCAGGCGGCGUUACAACACUUCCGCUUCCCAUGCAAGCACAUGUUCCUAUACCCGGUUUAGCGGCACACGGCAUUGGUCAACCACCGUCGGUAGCGCCACCGCCACAUGCGGCGCCUACUGUGCCGCUAUCGCCAACAGUGGGACUACCAGCCGCUCCACCUGCCUCUAUACCGCCGGGCAUUGCGAAUGCUCCAAGUUUGGGUGGCAUCUUUGGAAAUGCGCAUCCGGCACCACAUUCAACGCUCAAUGCUCUAGUGUCGCAGCAUCGGCUCCUGGAACUCUCUCGCUUCGGUUUGCGUGGCUACGAUUUGGCUCAACACAUGCUGACGCAACAAGGCGCUGUCUCCAAGCUAUUGGGUACAUUGAGGCCACCUGGUUUAAUCGGCGGAUCAAAGCCGAAAGUUGCUACGCCCGCUGUCGUCUCGAAAAUCGAGCAAUACAAACGCGAUAAUCCGACAAUAUUUGCGUGGGAAAUACGCGAACGACUGAUAUCGGAAGGUGUUUGCACGAACGCUACGGCACCCUCCGUAUCCUCCAUCAAUCGCAUAUUACGUAAUCGCGCGGCGGAACGUGCAGCGGCUGAAUUCGCACGCGCUACCAGUUAUGUUUAUAUGCAUCCCACACAUCCUGGCUUCCCGACUUGGCCGUCAACCUUACCACCACCACCGCCUCAUCUAUGGGCGUCUGGCGCAACAAUGACUGGUGCUGCUGGUGUUGGUGGCGGUUUCCCAAAUAGUUUGCCACCUGGUAGUCUGACGCCGACAAAUUCAAAUGUUUCCAUACCACCAAUAUCACCCGGUUCGGGUAGUCACGAGACUUUGGGUUCACCAGAUGCGAGUCGUAUGAUUGACAUUGAAGGCGAAGACUCCGAUACAGAUGACAGCGAUCAGCCUAAAUUCCGUCGUAAUCGUACCACAUUCAGCUCCGAGCAAUUAGAUGAGCUGGAGAAGGAGUUUGAGAAGUCACAUUACCCCUGUGUAAGCACGAGAGAGAAAUUAGCAGCGCGCACUGCACUGAGUGAAGCGAGAGUUCAGGUUUGGUUUUCCAACAGACGAGCGAAAUGGCGCCGACAUCAGCGGGUCAGCCAGCUGAAGCAGCGGGGUUCCCACUCACCGCAGACACACGGCGCAAUGAAACGCAACCAUUCACCAGUCAACCCACAACGACCACACCAUUUAUUGGAUGUGGACAAUUACAACAACAACAGCAAAACGAAUGCAACAAACAGCUACUACGGGUUGCCAAUGGGUAUAACAAGCCAUACGCUGGACUAUACACACAAACUGCCGAACGCUUUCAUCCCUACAGCAAAUCAGGACGGACAACAAUUCCACACGAACAUGAAUACCAUGAAUCUGCAGCAACACCAACACCAACAACAACACGAAGCGUUACACCACAGCAACGACCCAACGAAAUCAAAAGCGUCACUUCCGCAACUGCCACAAGGCACCCCGCCACCACCACCGGCGUUGGUCUUUCCAUCGCACACAGCAUCAGUUCCAUUAUUAAUGGGCGGUGAGCAUAGCGCCUUCCGCUCAAUGGUGGUGAAUCCUGUAUUGUCCGAGGCAAUGCUGGCGCUGAACUUCACCCGCCAAGUUGUCUCCGCCGCACAACAGUCGAAACUGUUGUCGGGCGUUGGCGAAGACGGCGGAGCUGACUCACCACUUUCACACUCUGUCACACCCUCACCGACGAACACGACACAUUCAAAGCUAUCGGAGGAGGAGAUAAAUGUGGUCCAAGAUGCGGAGAGCAGUGGGCAGUGCAAUGAGAAUGCGACAAUUGCUGAAGAAUAAGCAGAUCUGAGCGUGAUAGCUGAGCCCAAUACGACGCAGGAUUCCCAAGUCUGAUUAAUGCUUUUCUAACGGAAUAAAGCUGUGUGUAAUAUGUGUAAUAGUAAAGCGAAGUGAUUAGUCUUUAACGGUUUAUUAUAAGAGAGAUUUAUAAAUAUGUAUCUAUAUAGCAAACUGUAACUCCAAGCGCUUUCAAUAUGUACAUAUUAUAUACUAAUUUUAUUCUCUCUAAUCAAAUUUAAGUAACUUAGUGCAAUUAACUGUAAAUUAAAAUGAAAGUAACUUAACUCUGCAAUAUAAUUAAAAUUAAUUUUGAAAAUUAAAUUCACUUAA